AUGUUAGACCACGACGACACAUCCGUAGAUAGUACUCCACACAUUCAUUAUCCAUGUUAUCUUCAAUUCAUGAAGAAUCACCCCCACGAUGCAAUUCUUUCAUACAACGAAUGGUUUAAAAUGCUAUGGCAUGAAGGCCUCUUCAACUAUUAUAGAAAAGAAUUGAAGAUGACUGAAGACCAAGUCAAAGAAGCUGUGGAUGACUCUCGACAGUAUGGACUUACUCAUGAAUCAGCAAAAUUCUUCCCAGGGUUUAUACCUUUGUUAAAGGCCUUUAAAGCUCGUGGUGGGAUUCUUGUUGUUGUCUCUUUCUCGUCCGCAGAAAACAUCAACAAACAUUACAACGAACAAACAAAAGGCGAGAUCCUCCCCGACUUCGUUUACGACUGGAAACAUGACGCACCAGAACAAUGUAAACCCUUCCCAUAUCCCGUUUUCGAUGUCAUGAAACGUUAUAAUUUGAAGAAAGAAGACAUUCUCGUGGUCGAUGAUAUGCUUCCUGGCUUAACUAUGGCAAGAAAAGCAGGCGUCAAAUGUGCGGGUGCGGUCUAUGGAAAAGGUCAUGAAGUGCUUCAAACCGAAUUGAGUGAAGCAUCCGACUAUUUAUGUGCCAGUGUCGAAGACUUACAGAGACUAGUAAUCACUGAGAAAGAAGAGUGA